UUAUUAGUUGUAACCAUAGAACCGUUACAAGUUAUUUAUAAAAUUAAAUAAUUAAUUUUUGCUUUAUUUUAUACCGAAUUUUUUCCUUCAAAAAAGUUUUUUUAUGUUGCUUAUUUGUAUUCUAAUUUUUUUCCAUUUUUAAUUGAAGCGACAAUUGAAAUCAUUAUUUUCUAACCUGCAAACAUUUUGAAAAAUAGAGUUUAGAAAAACUGAUAGUUUUAAAAAUAUGUCAGAAAGACAAAAAGUUUUAUUAUGCGGGGAUGUGGAGGGUCACUUCAAAUUUCUUUUCUCAAAAGUAGAGGCUAUUAACAAGCAAAGUGGUCCAUUUGAUUUUCUACUUUGCGUUGGUAACUUUUUUGGCCAAAACAACAAAGAAUUAGAACCUUACAAAGAUGGAUCCAAAACGAUAUCUGUACCUACAUAUAUUCUUGGUCCAAAUAAAAAAGAACAUAUAAAGUAUUAUCCAAAUGAAAAUGGCUGUGAAAUUUGUACAAAUCUCACUUACUUAGGUAAUUAUGGAUUGUACACGUCAAGUUUAGGUUUAAAAAUAGUUUAUCUCAGUGGAGUUCAAAAGAGUCCUGAUAUACCGAAAGAAUGUUUAUUUGAUGAUAAAGCUGUAACAGCUGUUAGGAAUGCUUGUUUGAAAGGAAGUCCAGCUUUUCGAGGCGUUGAUAUUUUAUUAACGUCACAAUGGCCAGAAGGUAUAACUAACAGUAUAGAAAACAAACCAAAAUUUGAAUACAAAGGAUCUUCAUUAAUCUCAUGGUUAGCUACUCAUGUGAAGCCAAGAUAUCAUGUAUGUGGAAUGGAAAAUAUUCAUUAUGAAAGACCACCAUACAGAAAUCAAAAUGAAAGUCAAGAUGGUAUUGACAUAGCAACCAGAUUCAUAGGGCUUGCAAAAGUAGGAAAUGCUGAAAAGAAAAAAUACCUUUAUGCCUUAAAUUUAACUCCAGUGAAUAACAUUAGGAUGUCAGAGUUAAUACAAAAGACAACAGAUGAAACUCCAAGUCCAUAUCCAAGAUUUAUGUUGCAAACUAAUCCAAACAAAAAGAAAGAAGGUACGUCUCAGUUCUUUUAUGAUAUGGAAUCUAGAGGUGACAAGAAAAAAGCGAAACGUCCAAGAAUAGAGUUUGAUCAGAACAAAUGCUGGUUUUGUUUAACAAGUGAGGAUGUUGCAAAACACUUAGUUAUAUCUAUUGGCAAAGAAGUAUACUUAGCUUUAGCAAAAGGUGGUAUUGUUGAUGAUCACUUUUUAAUUACACCUAUUAGGCAUCAUCAAAGUUUAUCAACUUUGCCAGAAGAAGUGAAACAAGAAGUGAAUAUUUAUAAGGAGUCCUUGAAAAAAUUCUUCGAACCAAGUGAUCGAGUAGUAGUAUUUUUUGAAAGAAAUUUUAAGACAUCGCAUUGUCAACUGCAAGCAGUUCCUAUUCAUAAGAAUCAAGCUCCAGCUUUGAAACAAACAUUCCAAGAAAUUGCAAGUGUUUAUCAUAUUCAGAUGAAAGAAUUAGAUAUUAAUCUUCAUGAAAUAGCUCCACCAGGAACACUGUACUUUUAUGUUGAACUCCCAGACGGAGAAAAACUUUUUUACAAAAUAAAAAAGGACUUUCCACUGCAGUUUGGUAGAGAAGUGCUUUGUUCAGAUAGAAUAUUAGAUGUUCCUGAAAGAUUUGACUGGAGAGAUUGUCAAUUGAGUAAAGAAAAGGAAUUUGCUUUAGCAGAAGAGAUAAAGGCUAAAUUUGAGCCUUUUAGUGUAAAACUAUAAAAU